AAGGAUUACAGCUCGCGAGCAAAACACGUUAAAUAGUGAUACUGAUAUUGAAGAACACCUAGUCGUGCGUUGAGAGGACUCAUGUGAAACAUUCAUCAGUUAUUAUCGUGGAAGAUUUCUCCUUCCUUGCAAAUACUUUAGAUGCCUAUGACGUCACUAUCAUAAAUUUUCAGGUUCAAUCAGGUUAAAUAAAAAGAAUGACGAAGAUGAAUACUGCGCUAUAUACAUUGCUUCUUGUAAUGAGUUGCAUUUACGAUACCAUACAGAGAUCAACAGUGGAUUCUCCUAGCUACGUAGCAUCAGUUGUAGAAUUUUCGCCCGAAGACCGCAUUGACGGUGGAUUGACGCUGAUGUCAAACGCCUACGCCUAUGUUCAAUUUAUUUGGGAAGCCGGUUUCAAGGGUGCGGAUAUAAUCGUUUUUCCUGAAAGUGGACUGUCGACCUCUAGUAUGCCUGCUAGAAAAGAUUUAAAAUCAUGGACUUCAUUUGUUCCUGAUGCUAAUGAGAGGUAUUCACCCUGUACGAACGAGAACGUUGAAAUGCAUUCAGCACUAAAAAUGGUCUCUUGUGCAGCGAACAGUACUAAGAUGUACGUUGUUAUAAAUAUUGGGGAAAGAGUACCCUGCGAAGAAGAUGGUUGCCCAAGCGACAAGUUACUAUAUUAUAACACAAAUGUUGUCUUUGAUCGUGAUGGAAUAAUAAUUGCCAAGUACCGAAAAACUCAUCUUUUUGGAGAAUAUGCAUUCAACGUCACAAAGACACCAGAAAUCAUCACCUUCGAUACAGAUUUUGGUGUUACGUUUGGGACUCUUAUCUGUUUCGACAUUUUAUUCAGCGUGCCGGGUUUAACAUUGACGAGGGAACUCGGAGUCAAGGACAUUAUUUUCACGUCAGCUUGGUUCUCCCAAUCGCCAUUCUUGACCGCCGUGGAAGUGCAACACGGAUGGGCGUUUUCCGAAGAUGUAAAUCUAUUAGCUUCCGGAUACAACAACCCUAUAGGAGGCAGUGGUGGCAGUGGAAUCUUUUUAGGUCGCCAAGGUGUGGGUAUUGCCGUAAUGCCAUUCGACCAAGAAAGUAAACUCCUGACAUACGUAGUGCCGAAGAAAACAAAUUCAACUAUUUCAACUAAACAAACUAGAGCACCAACAUUGGAAAGAUCCCAAAGGAUUGAGAAGAAUUUGAAAGUGUCAGAAAAGUCGGAAGUAUCGAUAGACAUGACAAAUACUUAUACUGUUGGAAACCUAACCCUUAUUUACGAUAACCUUCAGAAUUACACAAAAGAAAUACUAACGGAAUCAGUAACGAACAAGACACUGUGCCACGAUAAUUUUUGCUGCAACUUUUUCGUCUCUAUGAACGACAAUGAUCCCAGCGUAACAUACUAUUUGACUGUUUUCGAAGGUAUUCGCGUUCAUUUGGAAACUAUAAUGGCUCCAACCAGACUCUGCGGCGUCGUUCAAUGCGCUAAUAAGUCAUCUAGUUCUUGCAGCCAAUCUCGCAACACAAGCACGAGUUUCAAUUCAAUUUCGAUUACGGCAACGUUUAAGAAUUUCGAUAAGUUUCUAAUCAUGCCCAUGACACUAAAUACUGCGAUACUUCCAAUAGACAAUUUUUUGCACGAAGAACAUUCCCAUGGUAAUGACAAGAACAUAACGAUAUCAUUAAAUACAAAAACAGAAAACCUCGUGUCCUUUGCAUUUUACGCAAGAUACUAUGGCAGUAAUGAUCCAGAAUUAGAAAAUAGUGCCGAUAUUGGAUGCUUGAGUCCUCUACUACCGCUUGUUAUAUUAUUGUAUUUGACCAUUAUGGGAUAGACCUGUUCUUAUUAGAAAUUCUUAAUCCCGGCGUAUAAGAAAAGUUAUCAUGCGUACAAUGACUGAUGAGGUCAGGAGAGUUCGAAGGUUUUACAAGUUGAAUGUAAUCAUGCUAUUAUUUUUGUCAUUGUCGAAAAUAUUUUAAAUUUCUUUUACUCUUUCAAUAAAUGCUUAGGGUGAAA